UCCAGCACAGUAAUAUCUGUACAAUACAGAGAGCAGACAUGAAGUUCUUACUCAUUGCCGUUUUGCUUGGAGCGGCUGCUGCAUUUGAUGAUGAUGAUAAGAUUGUAGGAGGUUACACCUGCAGCAAGAACUCUGUCCCAUAUCAGGUGUCUCUGAACUCCGGUUACCAUUUCUGUGGGGGGUCCCUGAUAGCCAGCCAAUGGGUUGUGUCUGCUGCUCACUGCUACAAAUCGAGCAUUCAAGUUAGACUGGGAGAGCACAAUAUUUUUAACAAUGAGGGCACAGAGCAGUUCAUCAACUCUGCCAAGGUCAUCAGACAUGCCAGCUACAACUCCAGGACCCUGGACAAUGACAUCAUGCUCAUCAAGCUCGCCUCUCCUGCUACUCUCAACUCCUAUGUGAAGGCUGUAGCUUUGCCCUCUGGAUGUGCCGCCGCUGGCACCAGCUGUCUGAUCUCUGGCUGGGGAAACACACUCAGCAGUGGCACUAAUUACCCAGAUCUCCUGCAAUGUCUCAGUGCUCCUAUUUUAAGUGACAGUCAGUGCAGUGGCUCCUAUCCUGGAGAGAUUACCAAAAACAUGUUCUGCGCUGGGUACUUGGCUGGAGGAAAAGAUUCUUGCCAGGGUGACUCUGGAGGACCUGUAGUAUGUAAUGGCCAGCUGCAGGGUGUUGUCUCGUGGGGUUACGGAUGCGCCCAACGAAACUAUCCUGGUGUCUACACAAAAGUCUGCAAUUACAACUCCUGGAUCAAGAACACCAUGGCUGCCAACUAAAGUGUUAUUCUUCUCUCUAAUCUACAGAAUUAUUUAAAUCAAGCUCCCAUUAUGAACAAACACUUAAUUAUCUUGGCUCCUUUUAGUGAUCUGUGUUUCUGAUACUCUAAUAAAUUGCUAAAUUCAA